GGUUCCCAGGUAAUUUCUUGUGUUUGUUUUGGUCCACAGGGCUAUCUCCAGUACUCUGUGUUGUUCUAUGGGUACUACAGCCCGGUGAGGAAGAUCGGCAGUGCCGGCUAUCGCCUCCCCCUGGCCUACUUUCUGGUUGGGAUGGCUGUUUUUGCCUACAGUUUCAUCAUUCUGUUAAGAAAGUAAAUCACUAGAGUCUCUUUUAAUAAAGCUCAUUUAUGUGGAUUGAUAUUGAUGUUAAAAUGAAAGUGAAGUAAUAUUGAUAGGAAUGUAUUACCAAAGGAGACCAUUGAUGGGGCUACUGUAGCUAAUAGCUACUACUAAUGCCAAAUAUUAUAUUUUUUAAGGUAGACUGAGCGACGGAGAUACACAAAGUAAAAAGCAUAGUGGCUAUUACAUUGUAAUAGCAUGAAGGGAACCCCUGCACAUGCACAGAUACUGUGUGGGACUGUGUGAGAGCCAAGUCUUGCAUCUCGCUCAUCUCAAUUUCUGCGGCACUGCUCGUGGCAUUUCGCUGAGUCUACCUUUAACAUGACUUCAAAUUGUAUUAUUUUUCCAUGGUCUGUCUGACUAACCAUUGUAGUGAUUAUAUUUGAACUGUUUCUGUAUUAUCUAUAAAGGUGUUUGAAAACUGUUCUAUCGCCAGUUUAACCUCUUAUUAGGAACACAAUGAUGUGUCGCUAAUUGAUGCCAUUUUGUGUUAUUUAUUUACAUUUUCCCUCAGGAUGGCUAAGAACUCCCGUCUGAGCCUGGCCAGUGCCUCUGACGAGAACUUCACCUUCUGCUGGAGAGUGUUCUGUGCCUGGGACUACCUCAUAGGGAAUCCUGAAGCUGCAGAGAGCAAGGGAGCCGCUAUCGUCAACAACAUCAGGGUGAGAGAGACACAGGUCAUGGUGCAAGACUCAGGGACACAUUUCUGUAGUGGAAAAUAAUUUUGCAUUAGUGCAAAACAUCUGUAAACCUCAUCAUCUUGCAGUGAUUUAAUUUGAAAAUAAUUAUUCAACGUUACAAUGUAAACUGAGAGAUACGUAAAUAGUUGCCUCUUUAUAAUGCACAUUGUUGAGGUAAAGUUUCAAAUGUAAAAAUUACUAUACAACUCAUCAUAAUGUGUUACAUGUAAUGAAGUCAAAACUGAGGAGUGGGGCAGUAUUUUUUUGCACUACGAAAAUGUUGCCCUCAAUAGUCUAAACGGACCUCCUCUGCUCAUCUCCUGUCCGUCAUCAGCAUUGAUCUGAAAGAACUGGACUAGUGGAGCAGAUUCACACUAGUCAGUAAAGUAAAGUAAAUUAGGUGAUUGGUGUGAAUGAGCUUCACUUAUCCAGUUCUUCCAGAUCAGAGCAGAUGAAGAACCGUAGAUGAGCAGAGGAGGUCUGUUUAGACUAUUGAGGGCGACAUUUUCGUAGUGCAAAAAUAAUAGUGCAAAGUGCAAAAAUGACUAUACAACUCAUUAUAUUCUGGCAGCGUGAUUACAUUUUAAACUUUACCUCGAUCUACCACUUUGCUUUCACUUAUCCUGUGUUUUCAGAUCAUCACAAAUGAUGGAGAGGAGAUGGGAAGAGGAAGCCAUGUAACACAUUUGAGGUGCACGCUCAAUCAUCUUACCAGGUUUCCUUUCCUCGUCUCCUCUCCUUCAUCUGCACUGAGCCAUUGAGAAACACUGCACCACUCCACUCCUCAGAUUUGAUUUCCAACGAUCCCGACUUCUUUAAUUCACUCACAGCACUCUGUAGAGUAGAAGUCAAUGUACCAUUGUAUUACUGCUGAUUUCCCUGAGGGAUGAUCUAUAAUCUGUAUUCUACGUCUAAACAAGAGAGCCCUUUAACCUGCCUGUUGAGUUUCCCUGUACAGUCAGCAAAAUAGACAUUAUAUUCCUCUGUUUCAAUAAGCUCAGUUUAAAUCCCUAUAUGCUUGAUUCAAUACAUCGUUUUUGAUUUAUUUAUUCUUAUUUUACCUGUAUUUUACCAAGUUUUGUCUCAUCAAGAUUUACAAUUUAAUUUUCUACAGAUAACUGGACAAAAUUGCAGCAAAGAUGUAGUUACACAAGAUGGAUGACAUGAAUAAAUGCUAAUUCUUUGCCCCUUUUUCUAGGAGGCCAUUGUUGAGGAACAGGAGAAAAAGAAGGAUACUAGUCUGUAAGUAUGUUUAUUCUCUUGUCCAUGUAGAGGGUGGCUAAGUUAGCAUCACACAUUGAUAUUGCUUUCCUGUGAGUUGCUGUCACCCUGGACCCAUUAAUGGACCCUUAGCUUUUGUGCGUCAGUGGUGUUAUCCUUUGCAAAGUAUCUUGUGUCAUUCUGACAUUGGUAGAAUCCAGGACCGUACCACAUUCAUUGAUGAUGCUCUUUGGUUUAGGGGUCUAGUGUGGGAGGGGGGUCUUCCUGGAGUCUUCCUACGGGGAGUGGGAUCUUCCUGGGGUCUUCCUGCGGGGAGGGGGGUCUUCCUGGGGUCUUCCUGAGGCAUACAUCUACACAUCUACAUUUUUUUCCAGUGGCAGCCAUGAAUUUGCAUAUACUGUAGGGGAAAUGUUGUAUAAAAAUCGAUAUAUUGCUAUGACUUGUUCAUCUCCUGCGUUCCCCAGGUUGCUUUUGAGCCUCUUCUACCUCCAUGCGUUCUCCACUGGUCUCAGAAGGACUGAUUUACUCUCUCGCUCCCAGUCCAUUGCUACCCCGUCCGAUCCCACGCAGGCCAUCACUUCCUUGUGGCGUAACUCAUCCUAACAGCCUUGUACUGUCAGAGAUGACUGGCUCUAAAUCACCUCCGCCAGAGCAUCAUCAGACCUGAGCAGACAUUAAAGAGGGAUUAAUAGUUCAGGGAACGUUGGUUCACACCGCCCGCAGCCCUCUCCAUCACACUAUGUAGUGACUUCUUUCAGUCCAUUUGAGGUAGAUGUCUAUUCUUACAGGGGCUAAUGCUAGGUGGAUGCAUGCACUGUACUGUAUGUAAAUUAGGGUUUCAAUGGGAGAGUUCAACCUAAAGUCCUACUGAUUGGUUUGGGGAGAUUUUCACUGGGGUUUGAGUUAUAGUAACGUUACCAUGUUGCCACUGUUUUGUGUAGUUUAGGUGGUGAUAUGAUGAAGGCUGUGGUUUGAUGAAGACUGUGUAAUGUCCAAUGUACACUCUUAGAAAAAAAGGUGCUAUCUAGAACCUUAAAGGGUUCUUCGGCUGUCCCCAUAGGAGAACCCUUUGAAGAACCAUUUUGGUUUCAGGUAGAACCCUUUUAUGGUCCAUGUAGAACGCUUUCCACAGAGGGAUUUACAUGGAACUCAAAAGGAUUCCACCUGGAAACAAAAAGUGUUUUACCUGUAACCAAAAAGGGUUAUCCUAUGGGGACAGCCAAAUAACCCUAAGAGUGUACAAUACAGGCAGCCAGAGGAGGAAGGACCUCCCCUUUGAAUCUGGUUCCUCUCUAGGUUUCUUCCUUCUACAGAGUUUUUUCCUUGCCACUGUGCUUCUAUUUCUGCUUGCGCCUGGGUCUAAGCAGGUUUACUGUAAAGCACUUUGUGUAAAAGGGUUUUACACAGUGCCUUAACAAAGUAUUCACACCCCUUUACUUUUUUCACAUUUUAUUCAGCCUGAAUUUAAAAUAGAUUAAAUUUAGAUUUGUUGUCACUGUCCAACACACAGUACCCCAUAAUGUCAAAGUGGAAUUAUGUUUUUAGAAAUGUUUACAAAUGAAUUAAAAAUGAAAAGUGGAAAUGUCUUGAGUCAAUAAGUAUUCAACCCCUUUGUUAUGGCAAGCCUAAAUAAGUUCAGGAGUAAAAAUUUGCUUAACAAGUCACAUCAUAAGUUGCAUGGACUCACUCUGUGUGCAAUAAUAGUGUUUAACAAGAUUUUUGAAUGACUACCUAAUCUCUGUACAUCACACAUACAAUUAUCUGUAAGGUCCCUCAGUCGAGCAGUGAAUUACAAACACAAAUUCAACCACAAAGACCAGGGAGGUUUUCCAAUGACUUGCAAAGAAGAGUACCUAUUGGUAGAUGGGUAAAAAAAAAAAGCAGACAUUGAAUAUCCCUUUGAGCAUGGUGAAGUUAUUAAUUACACUUUGGAUGGUGUAUCAAUACACCCAGUCACUACAAAUAUGGUGUAUCAAUACACCCAGUCACUACAAAGAUACAGGCAUCCUUCCUAACUCAGUUGCCGGAGAGGAAGGAAACCGCUCAGGGAUUUCACCAUGUGGCCAAUGGUGACUUUAAAACAGUUACAGAGUUUAAUGGCUGUGAUAGGAGAAAACUGAGGAUGGAUCAACAACAUUGUAGUUACUCCACAAUACUAACCUAAUUGACAGAGUGAAAAGAAGGAAGCCUGUAAAGAAUAAACAUAUUCCAAAACAUCCAUCCUGUUGCAACAAGGCAUUAAAGUAAUGAACAAUUAAAAUAAAUGGCAAAGCAUUUAAUUUUUUGUCCUGAAAACAAAGUGUUAUAUUUGGGGCAAAUCCAAUACAACACAUUGCUGAGUACCACUUUCCAUAUUUUCAAGCAUAGUGGUGGGUGCAUCAUGUUAUGGGUAUGCUUGUAAUCGUUAAGGACUGGGGAGUUUUACAGGAUAAAAAAUAAAUGGAACGGAGCUAAGCACAGACAAAAUCCUAGAGGAAAAACUGUUCAGUCUGCUUUCCAACAGACACUGGGAGAUGAAUUCACCUUUCAACAGGACAAUAACCUAAAACACAAAGCCAAAUCUACACUGGAGUUGCUUACCAAGAAGACCGUGAAUGCUCCUGAGUGGCCGAGAUACAGUUUUGACUUAAAUCUACUUGAAAAUCUAUGGCAAGACCUGAAAAUGGUUGUCUAGCAAUGAUCAACAACCAAUUUGACAGAGCUUGAAGAAUUUAGAAAAUAAUAAUGAGCAAAUGUUGCACAAUCCAGGUUUGGAAAGCUCUUAGAGACUUACCCAGAAAGACUGCUUCCACAAAGUAUUGACUCAGGGGUGUGAAUACUUAUGUAAAUUAAAUAUUACUAUAUUUCUUAAAACAUGUUUUCACUUUGGCUGUAACACAACAAAAUGUGGAAUAAGUCAAGGGAUAUGAAUACUUGAACUACUGUUUCUCUUUUUUUCUCCCUCUCUUCCAGAGCAGUCCUGAUCAGUCUGCGUAUCCUAGCCAACAUCCUGGUCCUUCUCUCUCUGGCUGGCAGCAUUUAUAUCAUCUACUUUGUGGUGGACCGCUCCCAGAAACUAGAGCAGGAGAAGCCAGAGCUAACACUAUGGGAGAAGAAUGAGGUAGCUAGCUACAGUAGACACUGAGUAUACCAAACAUUAGGAACACCUCCACCGUGUCCCCUUUAAGGUACAGGCUCAAUUCAUCGGGGCAUGGACUCUACAAGGUGUCGAAAGCGUUCCACAGGGAAGCUGGCCCAUGUUGACUCCAAUGCUUCCCACAGUUGGCUGGAUGUCCUUCGGGUGGUGGACGAUUCUUGAUGCACAUUGGAAACCCAGCAGUGUUGCAGUUCUUGUCAACAACCGGUGCGCUUGGCACUUACUACCAUACUCCGUUCAAAGGCACUUAAAUGUUUUGUCUUGCCCAUUCACCCUCUGAAUGGAACAUACACAAUCCAUGCAUCAAUUGUCUCAAGGCUUAAAAAAUCCUUCUUUAAUCUGUCUCCUCCACUUCAUUUACACUGAUUUAAGUGGAUUUUACAAGUGACAUCAAUAAGGGAUCAUUGCUUUCACCUGGAUUCACCUGGUCAGUCUGACAUGGAAAGAGCAGGUGUUCUUAAUGGUUUUGUAAGUAGGUUUACUCUGUCCGGGAAACCGGACAAUAUUGUAUUUAACUUCGUUGAUGGAUUAUAGCUACUGCAUCUCAUUUUGGGCACUUGAUUUCCCUGAUGACAAAGACAUAUGUGACAGGACUUCAAUUACAUCAUGCCUUGUGUUUCUCCAGCAUAAUUUCCUCUCAGGAUGCUGUAAUAAAGCCGUUAAUGUGAAACUGGAGACUAAUAGGGAGACUGCUAUCACCAGCCACAUGUAUCACCAUCUGUGCUGACAGCUGAUCAUUUCAUUCAGUUCAGGAUAAUGGACAUCUGUAGGGGGUUGGUAAGACUACCCUGAUGUCACUGCCUGGACUGAUGUUGCUUUCAAGACAACUGGGAACUCUGAAAAAACCCCAGGUCAAAUCAUGACGUCAGUGAAUUUCAGGUUGGAAAAUCAGAGAUCUAGAAAGAUGCCAGGGUUUCCGACUUGGAAUUCCGAGUUGGAGCUCAAACGAUUUUUCUGAGUCAGAGCAAAUUUUUUUCUGAGUUCCCAGACGUCUUGAACGCACUGAAGUCGGAAGUCAGAGAAUUCCAAGUUCCGUGUUCCUAGUUGUUUUGAACGCGACAUGAGAACAGCCUCUAGCUCCUAACUGCUUGCUCCUCCGAUGCCUCCAGAUCUUAGUGAAAAAGAGAAGAAAAGGUCCUAAUACAAUGACUCCUUAUGGUGUCAUCAGGGGUAUAUGAAGGUGUCUAUUUUAUAACAUACCCAGUGUCUGAUGUCAUAUCCUGUUUCCUGUCCCAGGUGAGUGUGGUGGUGUCCCUCAUCACCAUGAUCGCCCCGUCUGCCUUUGAGCUGGUGGCCCAGCUGGAGAUGUAUCAUCCCAGGACCUCCCUCCGCUUCCAACUGGCCAGGUCUGACUCUGACAGCACCUCAAAUCCCAUUUGGUCACACUUAACAUUACGUUUACGGAUUCUUAUUUUUACAUGUAACUACACCUUAGCUGUACUGUUAGUAAAUGUUGCUACUAAUUCGAUUUUAGUCUGUUUUCUUUCUUUUGUAAUGCAGUGAAUGUUUUGUCUCCUCUCCCCAGAGUACUGGUGUUGUAUCUGGGUAACCUCUACAGCCUCAUCAUUGCCCUUCUGGACAAGGUCAACAGUAUGAGUCUGGCCUCAGCUGCUGCAGCUGUAAGUAGUCCUGCUGAGAUUGAGGCUUUCCUAAUAUGGACACCAUACAAGCCAUGUGACUAAACUCUUUACAUGUUGUGCCAUAGUUCCCACUCAAGAAAUGUUACUGUUAAUGCUGAUGUUAAUGUCAAUGCUACUGUUAACAACGAUCUUGAUCUGUCAAUGUGGGGAAGGUUUAGAAAACAAAAGGAAUGAAAUUGAGAAACAUUUCAUGAAUUUAUAAAGCUCUGAUUGACUGAGGGAUGGACGGACAGACGGACUGACUGGUUGAUUGAUUCAUUGAUUGGUUAAUUGGUUAAUUGGUUACUCAGUUGAUUGGUUAAUUGGUUGUUUGAUCACUAACUGGUUUUGAUGGAUUAUUUCCAGGCGGCGGUCUCUGUGGUGUCGGGGAACUGGUCUGACUCCACCGCGUUCAUGGCGACCAUCUCCCAGUCGGGGGAGGAGAGCCUCUCCACCCUCGUAUCGGACAUCUCCGUCUUGGAACAACGCAACAGCACCAUAGCGACCAUCGCCAUGGUGCUGGACGUCAACACAGGCAUCAGCACCAGCAAGGUCACCAUGGCAACCAUGUACAACCACACUGGGUUGUUUGAGCAGAACAAGCAGAAGAAACAGGACGAGUGCUGGGAGACCUACGUGGGACAGGUGCAGAAGUUCAUUCCUCUACUUGUCAUUCGCUCAUUCGUUCAUUUGUUCCUUCAUUUAUUUGUCCAUUCAUUCAUUUCUUCAUUCGUUCAUUUGUUAAUCUGUCCAUUUGUUCAUUCAUUCAUCUUUUAAUGUUGAAUGAGCAACCCUUUACAUGGGAAGUGUACGAACAACUGUUCCAUGAAGGCAGAGACCUUUUGUAUAGGCCAGAGUAGGACCCUUACAGGGACACUGCAUUAUUAACCUGACACUUUACUUGAACGGGGUCUACAUAAGGCAUUCAUAACAUGUUUAUGAAAUCCUUUAUGAGUGCUGUCGUAUCAUUCAUAACACCUUUAUUUAUCAUUUAUAACAACAUCCAUAACACAUGCAUUCAGCAUCAUUCACAAGGAGUCUUCAAAAUAAAAGUCCCCUGGAAUAGAUCUUUAUCUAUUGUACAAAGGAAAUGUGUAUUAUUACUGUCACAGUAAUCUAUUAUGAAACAUAACACUGGAGUAGUUCAACCAUGUAAGCUUAAGUACUCCGUGUGUACGUAUGGGUGGUCCUCUGUAGCUCAAUUGGUAGAGCAUGGCGCUUGUAACGCCAGGGUAGUGGGUUCGAUCCCCGGGACCACCCAUACGUACAAAUGUAUGCACACAUGACUGUAAGUCGCUUUGGAUAAAAGCGUCUGCUAAAUGGCAUAUUAUUAUUAUUAUUAUUAUUAUUAUUAUUAUUAUUAUUAUUAUUACGGUAAGCACCGAUAACUAGUACACAGACCUAAUCAUCAACAGCCUCAUCCCUCAGACCGUUACCCUUAAUACCUCUUAAAGGCAUUAUGCCCGACAAGAAAAAUGAAAAUGCCUUGUCCUGUGGCAAUUGUUUCCCCGUAAACUAUAGAUUGAGUAUGGAUUGAAACGUACCCAGGCAGACAUUCAGGUAAUGAAGCUGUCACUAGGCCAAGGAUGCAAAACAAAUGACUUGUUCUUGGUGCAGAUCAAUAGGAGGGUAUAUCGUGUGUCGUCGUCUUAGGAGUGGAUAUUCUCAACAGGAAAAUGACAUCAUAUAAUUAGCAGACCUGGGUUCAAAUUAUAUUUUUAUAUUUUCAAAUGCUUAAGCUGUGCUUGAUCGAGCUUUGAACCAAUAGUAAAGUCCCAAAAAGUGCAAGAACCAAGGUCUGAUAAGUAUAGCUUGAUGAUCCAUUUCCAAUUUGUUAUGGUACAGUUCAGACAGAUGUUAUGAGUUUUUCUGCAAGACAUAUACAUUUAGGUCAUUUAGCAGGUGCUCUUAUCCAGAGCGACUUACAUUCAAUGAAGGUAGGUAAGACAACCACAUACCACAGUCACCGCAAGUAAAACUUUCCUCAAUAAAGCUGACAGUGACAUCAGCGCUAGUAGGUGUUAGCUAGUGUCAUUACAGAAUGACCAGAAUUACCUUCAAGGCGACACAAUAACAGAUAGUUACCAGACAGUAGCUAUAACAGUACAUUUCAUUAUGCUCAUACGUUUAUAUGUGUUUUAUUGUAGGAGAUGUUGAAGCUGUCUAUCAUCGAUAUGAUCUUCACGGUUGCCAGUAUCCUGUUGAUAGACUUCAUCAGAGGGCUGGUGGUCAGGUACCUGAGUGACUGCUGCUGCUGGGACCUGGAAAGCAAGUUUGUACGUACUCAACCGCCAUUCUGCCCAGACCUGGGUUCAAAAAGUAUUUGUUUACUUUCAAAUAGUCUAGCUGUGCUUCACUGAGCUUGCCUGGUGCAAUUGAAUAGUCCCAAAAGUGCAAAUACUGACCUUAUGGCACUCCAGGCAAGCUUAAAGUGUUUGAAAGAAAACAACUACUGUUUGAACCCAAGGGUAAUUGUUACUUAUCGUCUGAUUACAGUUGACGUCUGAUAAGUGCACUACAGUUUGCAAGUCACAAUUGGAUGACAUGCUUUUUAGUUGCUCCUGAUAACUACAUGUUCUGGUUUAGUGCAUGCCAUCACGGCAGUCCCAAGCUGUUGCAUUUAUCACCAGUCAACUUUAUUUUAAUAGAUUUGACAACGUCAUCAAAAUAUUUUAUUAAGUAAUUAAAGGUUUUAUUAAUGUCACUCCUUUAUGCUUCCCACCUGGCAGCCUGAGUAUGGGGAAUUCAAGAUAGCUGAGAAUGUACUCCACCUGAUAUAUAACCAAGGAAUGAUCUGGUAUGUCACAUUCUACUGUAUAUGUCACAUUCUACUGUAUAUGUCACAUUCUACUGUAUAUGUCACAUUCUACUGUAUAUGUCACAUUCUGCUGUAUAUGUCACAUUCUGCUGUAUAUGUCACAUUCUACUGUAUAUGUCACAUUCUGCUGUAUAUGUCACAUUCUGCUGUAUAUGUCACAUUCUACUGUAUAUGUCACAUUCUGCUGUAUAUGUCACAUUCUACUGUAUAUGUCACUGUCACGUUCGUUGUGUAAAGGAUCGGACCAAGGUGCAGCGUGGUAUGCGUACAUAGUCGUUUAUUUUAAUAAACACCGACAAAAUAACAAAAUCCAACAGAACGUGUAGUUCAAGAGGCUAAACAUCAAACAAGCCAAACAGAAACAAGAUCCCACAACUAAGGUAGGCAACAUGGCUGCCUAAGUAUGAUCCCCAAUCAGAGACAACGACCGACAGCUGCCUCUGAUUGGGAACCACACCCGGCCAACAUAGAAAUAUGUCAAUUAGAUUUCACACCCUGACCAACUCAACUAGAGAUCUUAAUGUCAGGGCGUGUCAGUCACAUUCUGCUGUAUAUGUCACAUUCUGCUGUAUUUGUCACAUUCUACUGUAUUUGUCACAUUCUACUGUAUAUGUCACAUUCUACUGUAUAUGUCACAUUCUGCUGUAUAUGUCACAUUGUACUGUAUAUGUCACAUUCUACUGUAUAUGUCACAUUCUGCUGUAUUUGUCACAUUCUACUGUAUAUGUCACAUUCUACGCAGACGACACCAUUUUGUAUACAUCUGGCCCUUCAUUGGACACUGUGUUAACAAACCUCCAAACCUUAUCUUAGCUCAUUGGUCACCUUAGCAACACCCACCCGUAGUAUGCGCUCCAGCAGGUACAUCUCACUGGUCAUCCCCAAAGCCAACACCUCCUUUGGCCGCCAUUCCUUCCAGUUCUCUGCUGCCAAUGACUGGAACGAAUUGCAAAAAUCUCUGAAGCUGGAGACUCUUAUCUCCCUCACUAACUUUAAGCAUCAGUUAUCAGAGCACCUUACCGAUCACUGCACCUGUACACAGCCCAUCUGAAAUUAGCCCACCCAACUACCUCAUCCCUAUAUUGUUAUUUAUUUUGCUCAUUUGCACCCCAGUAUCUCUAUUUGCACAUAAUCUCUUGCACAUCUAUCAUUCCAGUGUUAAUACUAAUUGUAAUUAUUUUGCACUAUAGCCUAUUUAUUGCCUUACCUCCAUAACUUGCUACAUUUGCACACACUGUAUAUAUAUAUUUUCUGUUGUAUUUUUGACUUUAUGUUUUGUUUUACCCCAUAUGUAACUCUGUGUUGUUGUUUUUAUCGCACUGCUUUGCUUUAUCUUGGCCAGGUCGCAGUUGUAAAUGAGAACUUGUUCUCAACUGGCUUACCUGGUUAAAUAAAGGUGAAAAAUAAAAAAUAAAAAUAUGUCACAUUCUACUGUAUAUGUCACAUUCUGCUAUAUAUGUCACAUUCUACUGUAUAUGUCACAUUCUACUGUAUUUGUCACAUUCUACUGUAUAUGUCACAUUCUACUGUAUUUGUCACAUUCUACUGUAUAUGUCACAUUCUGCUGUACUGUAUAUGUCACAUUCUACUGUAUAUGUCACAUUCUACUGUAUAUGUCACAUUCUACUGUAUAUGUCACAUUCUACUGUAUUUGUCACAUUCUACUGUAUAUGUCACAUCCUACUGUAUUGUCACAUUCUACUGUAUAUGUCACAUUCUACUGUAUAUGUCACAUUCUACUGUAUAUGUCACUUCUUCUAUUCUUUAGUUUUAUAGGACAGGAGUUCCACUCAACCUUUCAUUUUACAUUUUAGUCAUUUAGCAGACGCUCUUAUCCAGAGCGACUUACAGGAGCAAUUAGGGUCAAGUGUCUUUCUCAAGGGCACAUCAACAGUUUUUUCACCAAGUCGGCUCGGAUUCGAAUCAGUGACCUUUCGGUUACUGACCCAACGCUCUUAACCGCUAGCCUACCUGCCGCCGUAGGCAUACGUGCUUAUUGCUGGGAGUGUUACCCACCCACUCGACCACGACUCGGCACGUAUUUGUCUCUUCUGACAUAAGCUAUUGGUCUUUGCUGUUGAGUUUCAGACAGCACAUACAACAUAGACAGUAGAUGGAACUAGGGCCCAGAGUUCAUCCUCAAGUCACAUGGCCAGGAAAAACUCAGGUUAGAGAUAUAACACACUCUCUCACACACUUGCAAUUCCAUGUUCACUUUAUCUAAUUUGUUCAUAAUGCGUGGAACCGUUGUGUAAAUUCCUCUGUCUGUAUAAUGGCUCUAAAUGAUAUCUAUGGCUAGCAGCACCAUAUCACCAAGUGACAUUCUGACUGUGUAAAUGUACUUGGCUAUUAAUGGUGAUUCUGAUUCUAAUGUAGAAGGUAAUGUGCCCAUACUAGCUAUAAUAUAUACCCCAAUCCUACUAUAAAAGGCAACCUUACUAAGGGCAGGACAGCCCCUGACCCAGAGUAAUAUGCUGUGCUGUGUGUGUGAUCUUUCCAUUACACACCUCUGUAGUUAGAUGGACAGUAUUACCUCUGUUCAUUCCACACCCGUCAUUUCAGAGCUGAUCAACUCAAUGGUCCGGUAAUGUGUUUUAUAUGGGCUAUGAGCCCAUACCUGUGUGUGGGGGGGGGGGGGCUGGGAGAAGUCCAUUAGGCAGAGUGUAAUGCCCUUUCUGGCUUGGCUUCAAGAGGGGGACACCCCCCCCCCCCCACACCCUCUCUCGGGUUCCCUCUUUCCCCUUUCUGUCGCUCUCUCCCAAAUCCCUGUCAUAAAAAUGCAUACAUUGUCAUAAUAGUGACAUAAACAAAAUACUGAAAUUUCUAAUGUAAGAAAUUUAAAAAGGCAAAAACACAAACUGCGUAAAGGGAACCUUGUUGGCUCAGAUACAUUAAGAUAAUAACUCCAGACUCCCUCCCCCCUAUUCCCCCCCCUUUUUUCUAAAUUGGUUUUUAAAAUUACUUGUAUUAAGGUUUCUGUUUCUAAUGUGGGAAGGAAAGAAAAUUUCCCAAAUGGUUUUAAAAACCCCCCUUUUUUUUUUUUUUUUCCCAAUUAUGGGCAAACCCCCCCCAAAAUUUAUGUCUAAGGUGGCCCAAAACACACCUAGGUAAAAUGGGUAUUAGGGCAUCCAACCCGUUUUUUGGCGUUUUUGGGGGGGGGGGGGCCCUUUUUUUUGGGGAAGGGGCUAUUCAAGGAAAGUGGGGGGUUUUUGGCCCGGGUUUUAAAAACCCCCCCCCCCCUUUCCCUUUCCCCCUCCUUAGCUUUUCCCCCUUUAAAAAACCCUUUUCUCUUUUUAAAGUGACCCCCCCCCCCCCCCCAAAAUCCCAGUUUUCCCCUUUUCCUUUUCCCCAAACCUUUUGUAAUUUGUAGUUUUUAAUCCCUAAAAAAUCCCCUUUUUCCCCUAAUGGGGGAAAAAAAAAAAAAAAGGGAUAAAAAAAGAAAAAAGAGAAAAAAAAAAAAAAAGAGAAAAAAAAAAAGAGAUAAAAAAAAAAGAAAAAGAAAAAAAAAAAAGGGGGAAAAAGAGAAUAGGAGAGGAAAAAAGAAGAGAGAGAAAGAAAGACCUUCCUCAAUCCCUCUUCUUUUCCAGAUUUUUACUUAUCACUCUAGAACAGCGCCAGUAGAGAGAGAAGAGAGAGAUGUAAAUUGUCCCGAAUCUAACCCUCCAUAACAAGAGAGAAUAUCCAGAGAGAAGAGAGUCUAGUCUCUUCGUCUUCUCCUAUACUCAGCUCUCACAUAAAAGAUAGCAGGUCAUGAGGAGAUAUAAACAAUAAUAGGAGAGAAGGAAGACUUUACAAGCAGAACACAAAGAGCGUUGAGGAACCAAGAAACAUCAGAAACAAGAGAGAAGGAGAGAGUACUCCUCUACCAAAGAUCGUCAGAGAGAAUAUCGCCUCAGAUCAGCGAGAGAGAUAGAGUCAAAGCUCAUCCUAUCUCUAUCUCUCUAUGAUCUCUAUCUAUCUCUCUCUCCUAUCUCUCUCCUCUCUCUCUCUCCUCUCUCUCUGUCUAGGAUGGGUGCAUUCUUCUCUCCCUGUCUGCCUGCCUUUAACGUGUUGAAGCUGAUAGGCUUGAUGUACCUGAGGAGUUGGGCUGUGCUCACCUGCAACGUCCCUCACCAACAGGUGUUCAGAGCAUCCAGGUCAGGGGCAGAGACACACACACACACAGGCACGCACACACACAUACAUACAGUGCAUUUGGGAAAGUAUUCAGACCCCUUCCCUUUUUCCACAUUUUGUUACGUUACAGCCUUAUUUUAAAAUGUAUUACAUAUUUUUUGCAAAUGUAUAAAAAAUAAAAUUUACAUAAGUAUUCAGACCCUUUGCUAUGAGACUCGAAAUUGAGCUCAGGUGCAUCCUGUUUCCAUUGAUCAUCCUUGAGAUGUUUCUACAACUUGAUUGGAGUCCACCUGUGGUAAAUUCAAUUGAUUAGACAUGAUAUGGAAAGGCACACACCUGUCUAUAUAAGGUCCCAAAGUUGACAGUGCAUAUCAGAGAAAAAACCAAGCCAUGAGGUCGAAGGAAUUGUCCGUAGAGCUCAGAGACAGGAUUGUGUCGAGGCACAGAUCUGGGGAAGGUUACCAAAAAAUGUCUGCAGCAUUGAAGGUCCCCAAGAACACAGUUUGGAACCACCAAGACUCUUCCUAGAGCUCCCCCGAGUGCUCUCUCUCUCUCUCUCUCUCUCUCUCUCUCUCUCUCUCUCUCUCUCUCUCUCUCUCUCUCUCUCUCUCUCUCUCUCUCUCUCUCCCUCUUUCUCUCUCUCUCUCCCCCUCUGUAGUACUGAUUAAUCAAUAACAAACAGUACCACAAAAGACUAACAUUACAUAAUAGCAUAGUGGUACACUGCCUCUUUUGGACAGUGAGUGGGUCUGAUUCACUCUGGGCCUUUAGUCCUGUUCCUGUGGUUCUGGUUCUGUGGUUCUGGUGUCAUUACUCCUGUCCUCCCCUCCCACCUGAUCUUAUUUUCCAGCUCUGUGGAGAGAGAAAACAAAAUGAGCCACUGCACUGCUCCCUCCCUCACACACACACACACACACACACACACACACACACACACACACACACACACACACACACACACACACACACACACACACACACACACACACACACACACACACACACACACACACACACGGCCUGCAGCCACUCAGCCCACUCUGAUUUAUGUAACGAGUCUGUUGCUGCCUCUUUCAGGCCUUAUCAGUCACUCCCAGAUGUACAGGAAAGUACGCACUCAUGCACGCGUGCACGCACACACACACACACACACAGUUAUGUAAAACAGCAUGAUUGUUUAAAAAAAUAGCAUAUAAGUUUAUUAAAGAAAUAGAAUGAUAUAAAGAAAUAGCAUGAUAGUAUAUGAAAAAUCUAUUCCACAUAUUUUCUUAAGAUUACAAAGAUAGGAUAACUUGAAAUAACAAAGAGAUACAUACACAAUAUAUAAAUAAAAAUGCCCAAAAUAAAAAAUAAAAUACAUUUUUAAUUCUGUAUUUUACUUCUCUCAUUUGUUUCCAGAUCAAAUAAUUUCUACCUGGCUAUGCUGUUGUUCAUGCUGUUUCUAUGUAUGCUGCCCACCAUCUUUGCCAUUGUGAGAUACAGACCUUCCCAACACUGCGGGCCAUUUAGGUAAACAAUUGUUCCUGUGAAGCUCUUUAAACGUGGUGCCCAUUUUAAAGUUAGGCCUUGUAAAUUAAGGUAAUGUAAGCCACACUUUUAAUAGGGUUGCAGUACACUGUGUGUGUGUGUGUGUGUGUGUGUGUUUGUAGCCCAAGUGAGUGAGUGUGUGUGUGGACGAGCUAACUCCUAUUGAGCACCUUGAAAAUGGCUAUAAAAGAUAAAUCCAUGAUUAUUUUAUUACCAUCACACAUCAUCAUCAGCUGAAUAGCUGAAAGCAGUAUAAUGGCCAAGAAGAAAAGCCUGUAUAGCUUUAAUUCUGCUGUGCCACUAUGCUUCAUCCUUUCCUGUAAUACAAUGGUCCGAUUUAGUGUGUGUGUGUGUGUGUGUGUGUGUGUGUGUGUGUGUGUGUGUGUGUGUGUGCUUCCCUGCAGCGGUCAGGAGAAGAUUUAUGACAUAAUCUCGGAGACGAUAGCCAAUGACUUCCCGCUGUGGUUCAGUAAAGUGAUGAGUUAUGUCACCAGCCCUGUCGUAGCGCUGCCCGCUCUGCUGCUGCUGUUGUGAGUACACACACACACACAUGCAGACUCACACACAGGAAUGCAGACUCUCUCACACACACCCACAGACUCAGACACACAGACUCACACACACAGACUCACACACACAGACUCACACACACGGACACACACAGACUCACACCCACAGACUCACACACACAGACACACACAGACUCACACACACAGACACACACACACAGACACACACAGACUCACACACACAGACUCACACACACACACACAGACACACACACACAGACACACACAGACUUACACACACAGACUCACACACACACAUUAUGUCUGUAGCCUGACUUGCUUGAUGCAUUCGGAUUGGUCAAGUUGUUUCACUCUUAGGUAACUCUACCUGUGCCUUUCAGCAUGUUGAUCAGACAUUGUGUCAGUCCUCUUGGGGUAACUCUCUCUGUGUCUUUCAGCAUGUUGAUAUACUACCUUCAGGCCAUCGCCAGAUCCCUCAAAUUCACCAACAACCAGCUGAGGAUGCAGCUUCAGACUGUGAGUUCUAGACGCUAUUGUUAAAGUUCUCGGAUUCAGUCACUAUUAUACAGUAAAGAAACUUAGAGUGCGUUCCAAAUGGCACCCUAUUCCCAAUACAGUUUACUACUUUUGUCUCUGGUUAAAAGUAGUGGACUACAUAGGGAAUAUGGUGCCAUUUGGGAUGCAUGCUUAGUCUCAUGACUGUGUGCUGAACAGAAAUGUCUUUGUCAGGAGAGAACAGAAGACAAGAAGAAGGUAUUCCAGCUGGCUUCAGGUAAACCUCAUCAUUUUACUUUGUAGUUGGUUGGUUCUAUGUAUUCUAUAUCUACAGUUGAAGUCGGAAGUUUACAUACACUUAGGUUGGAGUCAUUAAAACUCAUUUUUCAACCACUCCACAAAUGUCUUGUUAACAAACUAUAGUUUUGGCAAGUCGGUUAGGACAUCUACUUUGUGCAUGACACAAGUCAUUUUUCCAACAAUUGUUUACAGACAGAUUAUUUCACUUAUAAUUCACUGUAUCACAAUUCCAGUGAGUCAGAAGUUUACAUACACUAAGUUGACUGUGCCUUUAAACAGCUUGGAAAAUUCCAGAAAAUUAUGGCUUUAAAAGCUUCUGUACCUGUAGAUGUAUUUCAAGGCCUACCUUCAAACUCAGUGCCUCUUUGCAUGACAUCAUGGGAAAAUCAAAAGAAAUCAGCCAAGACCUCAGAAUUUUUUUUGUAGACCUCCACAAGCCUGGUUCAUCCUUGGGAGCAAUUUCCAAACGCCUGAAGGUACCACGUUCAUCUGUACAAACAAUAGUACGUAAGUAUAAACACCAUGGGACCACGCAGCCAUCAUACCGCUCAGGAAUCAGGAAGGAGACACGUUCUAUCUCCUAGAGAUGAACGUACUUUGGUGCGAAAAGUGCAAAUCAAUCCCAGAACAAAAGCAAAGGACCUUGUGAAGAUGCUGGAGGAAACAGGUACAAAAGUAUCUAUAUCCACAGUAAAACGAGUCCUAUAUCGACAUAACCUGAAAGGCCGCUCAGCAAGGAAGAAGCCACUGCUCCAAAACAGCCAUAAAAAAGUCAGACUAUGGUUUGCAACUGCACAUGGGGACAAAGAUCAUACUUUUUUGAGAAAUGUCCUCUGGUCUGAUGAAACAAAAAUAGAACUGUUUGGCCAUAAUGACCAUCUUUAUGUUUGGAGGAAAAAGGGGGCUGCUUGCAAGCCGAAGAACACCAUCCCAACUGUGAAGAACAGGGGUGGCAGCAUCAUGCUGUGGGGGUGCUUUGCUGCAGGAGGGACUGGUGCACUUCACAAAAUAGAUGGCAUCAUGAGGAAGGAAAAAUAUGUGGAUAUAUUGAAGCAACAUCUCUAGACAUCAGUCAGGAAGUUAAAGCUUGGUCGCAAAUGGGUCUUCCAAAUGGACAAUGACCCCAAGCAUACUUCCAAAGUUGUGGCAAAAUGGCUUAAGGACAACAAAGUCAAGGUAUUGGAGUGGCCAUCACAAAGCCCUGACCUCAAUCCUAUAGAAAAUCUGUGGGCAGAACAGAAAAAGCGAGGCCUACAAACCUGACUCAGUUACACCAGCUCUGUCAGGAGGAAUGGGCCAAAAUUCACCCGACUUACUGUGGGAAGCUUGUGGAAGGCUAUCUGAAACGUUUGACCCAAGUUAAACAAUUUAAAGGCAAUGCUACCAAAUACUAAUUGAGUGUAUUUAAACUUCUGACCCACUGGGAAUGUGAUGAAACAAAUACUGUACAAGCUGAAAUAAAUAAUUAUCUCUACUAUUAUUCUGACAUUUCACAUUCUUGAAAUAAAGUGGUGAUCCUAACUGACCUAAAACAGGGAAUUUCUACUAGGAUUAAAUGUCAGGAAUUGUGAAAAACUGAGUUUAAACGUAUUUGGCUAAGGUGUAUGUAAACUUCCGACUUCAACUGUACAUCUCCCCUAACCUCUUACCUCUGACCUUUAACCCUUCACCUCACUUGACUAUUAACCUUUGACCAAUAAAGUUUUGAACUUUUGAACACUUAAGCUAUAAUCCCUGACCUGUAACAGCUGACCUUUGACCCCCACCCACAGCGAGGCUACAGGCCACGGAGGUCCCUGGCGGGGACAGGAAGCCUGACCAGCAGGACAGUGACAUCACCAGCCGCGAGUCGUCCAUUCGCACGCCGUCGCCCCGACGCAACGGCAGCGUCACAAACUUCCAGUCGCCUGAUCGACACGGCAACGGCAUCCGCACCAUCACCCAGUCGGCAUCGAGGGCCGAGAUCGCUAGGGCGACGGCUGCUGCUGGGGCGUCUAGAAGUCCAACAGUGUCCAUACUGCACAAGCAAAGGCCGGAGCACAUUCCUAACAGGUGUGUCACACACACACACAUAUAUUGUGUUAUUCUGUCUGGUCAGUCAUGGGCUUUAAUACAGUCCUCUACAGGUGUGUCUACAGGAGGAUUAAGGGUUGGCGUCCAUGUUGUUAGUCCUAAAUAAUCCUCUGAAGGGGGAUUCCAGCACCUAGUCCAAAGUUUAAACUUAGUCUCCCAUUAACAUCAAUGCAUGACUAAGUGAAAAUUAGAAGUCAGGAUUCGCCCCUAAGAAAUUUAGUGGGAUUCCACCUCAAUGCUUUCACUCAUCAAGUCAGAUUAGUGGUCAUGAAAGGAAAAGUGUAGUUUUCUACAACAGUAGCUAAUAAGCAGUGGGUAUUUAAAUCCUACUAAAGUCCCUUUUGGCAUACUAUGGCCUGGAGUACUGUCACUACUAAAGGAAUCAACGAUACACAGCAUCAGUAGUAUUUGUUACCGUAAUGAUGCAAGUUGAAGUGGUCUCUUAUUACGACCACAUAGUUUACCAUCUGUAUUUCCCUCUGUCACCACAGACACCCUGCCUACCUGGGAGGCCCUAGCGGUACCUGCAGGUCCAAGUCCUACCACCAUGUGGCCUACAACCCCCCGACACGCUACUCCUCAGAGAACAUCCACUCCGACCCCCUCUUCAGGAAGACCAUCAGGCCCAUGCACCCCACAGAGGCAGCUGGGAUAGUGACCGCCCAGAGCUACGUGGGCCGUCGCCCCCACACCACGCGCUACGUCAUCGUCAACGAGCACGAAGCUAGGAAAAAGCUGCUUCGAUCCACCACGCGCGUCCCUCGCCACUUCCGAGCGGAGGACCCGGUGGGUGAGAUCGUGGAGCUGAUCCCGCGGAAUAUCAAGCGGUAUACUCCAAGGGCUCCGCAUCUGCAUGGGCACCCGCAUAGGUCGAAUCCGCCGCAGUCGCACCUGAGUGAGGAAGAGGAGGAGGAAGAGGGAGGGGGGAAGAGGGAGUCUAGGAGGGGGUUGUUCGGGCAGACGCACCGGCCCCGCUCGCUCUCCGACCUCCAUCAGCCGGCGCGCUUCUACAUCGGAGAGCGCCUGGAGAGCAAGUUGUCUAUGGCACCGAAAGACAGCCACACCGCUAGGGGGCGCUACGGCGGUGAAGCCCAAGAAGGGGACUGGGAGGAUAUGGAGACGCGCUUGCACUCCCUCUCCCAGACCAGCAUCAGAGGAGCCGAGCUUCCACCACCAGUCAGGCACACACAGUCCCCGGCCAGACACUCCCACUCCCCGGGCAGACUCGCACACUCUUCCCCCCAGGGCCCUGGAAGACGCCUGGAGCUCCAGGUCAAACCCAAGACGUCCAGGUCGAAGAUGGAGCCUUCCCUGACUGAGUCGGACUCGGCCUCUCUGGCCUCCAGUAGCGACCAGCAAAACAGCAGCACAGACCAGUACAUCCAGGUCAUUCACAACAAGGAGAAGUACCUCAAGUCUGAGGCCAGGCAAGGCAAGCUGGCUAAGAAGAAGUCCAAAGCCAGUAUAGACACCAACGUGUCUGGGUCCAAAGAA